AGUCAUUUUUUUUUUUUUGAAACAAUACGGACUAAUUUUUAAACGAUAGAAUAUCUAUUUUUUGUUUGUUUACUUAUGUUUUAUAUCGUCGGAUAAUGUUUUUAAAUUUUUGUUAAAAAAAAAGGCAAAAAAAAAAAAAAAAAUUCCGAUCCCCUUAUAAAAAGAAACCAAGCUUCUUGAAAAAAGUGGUCAUAAUCAAAGAUUAACUCUUUUUUUCCUCAUCUCUUCUACAAAACAUCUAUUCAUAAUUUCGUACGUAGUAUUUUUUUAGCUUCCGCAGCUUGCAGAAAAGAGAAAGAGUGAAGACUUGUUAAAUAAAUGGAAACAUGCCGAUUUGUGAUACGUAGUAAAGAACAAAAUGAUGAAGACGACACAGCCACCAGCGGCGAUGUUAGCAGUAUUGCCAAUCUUGAUAACAUACUUCCAGAAAUCGUGUUAAAGGUAUACAACGAGAAGAUCCUCUUGAACGUGUUUUGUGAGAAAAGGAAAGGAGUUUUGACAACAAUACUUAAAGAGGUAGAGAAGUAUGAUUUGAGUGUUGUUAAUUGUAGCAUUAUUCCCCUUGACAAUAAGGCCUUGGACAUUACAAUCGUUGCACAGAUGGAAAAGGGGUUUAACCAGAAGAUGAAAGAUCUUAUUAAAACUCUUCGCUCGGCUCUCCUUGUGGCUACCCCCUAAUUAAACUCUAAGGACCAUUAAUGGUGGACCAAAUAAAGGUUGACGAAUCAUCGUAGCGCUGUGCAAAUUUACUAUAUAAUUUAGUAUGCAAUGGUUAUGUUUAACAUCUAACCAAUGUAACAUAAUGGUAAUGUUGUUGAGACUUAAAAGUGUUGCUUCAAAAAAUAAGCAACACUUUGGAAGUUUAGAGUUGAAACCAAUAUUUGUGUGCUACAUCUGUACUAUGUAUUAGGGGUGAAAGUUCGGUGUUCGGUUUGUUUUUUGGCCCAAACCGAAACCGAACCACCUUAAUUCGGUUUCUUGAUUUUAGAAACCACACCGCACCACUUUACUUUAGAAACCGAACCAAACCGAACCAUAUUUAUUUCGGUUUCAGAAUAAAAAACCGAACCAAACCGAUUUUUUUGGGCCUCUUUUAUUUGGGCCAAUAAUCUGCAAAUUGGGCCUCAUUAAUCAACACACUAAGUCACUAUUCUCACUAACACAGCAAGCAGUGCAAAUUAACAUAUAUAACAGCAAACAAAUUUAGUCCAAUUCAUACAAAGUACAAAGUCUACAAACCAAUCCAAAUCAUACAAACUUAAGUUUUCAGUUUAAAUAACAAACUAACAAAGUAUCAAAUCAAACCAAUCAAUCCAUACAAACUCAAAUUAAACAAGUUUUAACAGAACUACUUAAGUUAAACAUAACAUGAUCAAGAUUCAACAA